AACACAUUAAAAUGGAGCCAGGCUAUAAGCCAUCCCAAACUCCACAGAGCUAUGGCCCCACGGGUAUAUAGAUCUUCACUUUAAAUUCAUAAUUUCAGUGUACUCUCAGUUGGCAUCAUCUGUUAUCCUUCGUGGCUUCUUUCAUCCAAUUCUUGUUUCUUUCUUACCCACACAAAAACACACCUACCGUCUGCAUAUGUACAUAUGAUCUCCUGCCAUUGCUGUUCACCUGCAUUUUAGAAAAGAGAUAGAAAAUGGGACAACAUUCAUGCUGCAACAAACAAAAAGUGAAGAGGGGGCUGUGGUCACCAGAGGAAGACGAGAAACUCAAAAACUACAUUUCCACCUAUGGCCAUGGCAGUUGGAGCUCGCUUCCAAGAUUUGCAGGGUUACAAAGAUGUGGCAAGAGUUGCAGACUAAGAUGGAUAAAUUACCUCAGACCUGAUUUGAAGAAAGGGAAUUUCUCUUCAGAAGAAACAGAACUCAUAAUUGAACUCCAAAGAAUUCUCGGCAAUAGGUGGGCUCAAAUAGCCAAGCACCUUCCUGGGAGAACAGAUAAUGAAGUCAAGAACUUCUGGAACUCAGCCAUUAAGAAGAAACACAUUUCUCAAAACCUCUUUGAUCAGGCCCCUUUUUCAAAUCUUUCAAGUUCAAACUCAAAUUUCCCCCAAUAUUCCGAAUUUAAUCAAGUUUGCAUCCCCACCCAACCACCAUCACCAGUGCAAGGGAUAGAUUUUGGUGAAUUUAAAGCCGAUCAGUUGAGUCACAGUGCCAUUAUGCUCACUAGGUCGCCUUCAUCUGCACCAGCUUGUCCACUGGGAUAUCUGCCUCAAUUCAUUGAUCGUCAACAGCAAAUUCUUCGACCCGAAGAUUAUUCCAUUGUGAGCUCUGACCAAUAUCCAUUUUUUGCUACUAACAAGCUCUUAGAUCAGAAUCCCAGCACAAUGCUUCCUGUGCUGCCAAAAGUACUUGAAUCAAUUGCCGGCUCCUCAAAUUUCCCUUCCGAGAGGCUUUAUGCAAAUGACAUGCAGGCGUCCUCCUAUGACAUAGAGUAUAUUAAACCCAUCAUGCCAGCUUGCUCCACAUUAUCUUCAUCGUCCAUGUCCCAGACUUCCUCAUCAUCGUCAUUUUCGUUGUCUCAAUUACCGUGCAGCGGGACAAUGUUCGUGAACCCCUCGCUUCCUCCAAGAUGGGUUCCCUAGACUCGGUACAGAAGAUUCUCUGAUCAACGGAUGGUAUCACUCGAAUUUGAUGCCAUAGCAGCUUCCUAGGACAACACCUUAAACUCUGCUAAUCUAGGAUUUUCAGCAGACUUAUCCAGUUAUUCAAACGAACAUAAAGAUGCAAGGCUAUAGUUUUCGUUUGUACGUUCAAUUUGUAGUUAUGCUCUCAAUGACUUCAGUUUCAAUUUUUAAAUAUCUUCAUUAGCAAGUAUUAAUUACAAGCUCAAGGGCACCACGACAGAAAUUCAAUUGUUCGAAAACAUUAGAACAGUACAGCUUCAUGCAUAUUUAACAUGUGUGUCAGUGUGUUUAACAAAUGAGUAGUGUACAACUAUUAGAGCAACCACAAUUGUUAGCAUCAAAAUAUACGAUCAUACGUUACGAAAUCAUUAAUUGGUAACGAAAAAUAUCACACAAAAAACCCAAAUUGCCCAC